AACAAUGAUGGGUCCAUUUAGGGUCCAUGUAUUUUUUUUCCCCCUCGUAAGGACAGCCCUAGCUCGAACACCGGGCGGACGGGGAGCGACAUCGGAGCGUGGUGCAGACAUGUCGCCGCUUCGAUUCCUCGCCGCGGGGAGGCUGUCCUCACGCCGGAUCCGCGCUGGAGAGUCAGCGAGGCGGCUCCUCCACCACUCCAGGAGCCGUGCGGACGGCGCCGGGGGAUCUGGCUUCUCUGCCCGUUUGCCGAUGGGAGGCAGCAACAAGCUGCGUGCUAGCGUUGCGGCGGUGGGGGCCUUAUCUGCCACCUUGAUCGGAGCAAAGCUGUAUCUCAGAAAACAAAAACACAGAAAGCAACCGACAUCUUCAUCUUCAUCUUCAGGUUGGGAGCUGACCGACGAGAACGAGGCGACGCUCGAGGAGGUGAUCGCCGAGGAGCGGGACCUGGUGAAGGAGGCGGCCAUGAAGGCGAGGUUCGAGGAUUGGAUGGUUGAGUAUGACCAGAAGUACAAGAGCGAGGAGGAGAAGACGAUGCGGUACAGGGAGUUCAAGCGCCAUUGCAAGAACGCCGAGAGGGCCAACAUGCUCUCCCGUGGAGGCGCCACGUUCGGACCGAACAAUUCGACCGAGGAAGAGUGUCUCCGUCGCAGCAGAGGUGAGCGUGAGCCGACCUUCGCGCAGAGGUUGGGGUACCCGUACCGGCGCGCCGUCGAAUGGUGGGUUCUGGGCAAGUAAAGGGUUCUUUGGGACGAACGGCGAAUAUGCAUGGUUGUUUCAAGUUUUGUUAUCGGUUUUAGUAUCUUUUGCAAUGGGGGGUAAUGUGGAUGUUCAGAUUUUAUCAAGCUAUAAAACAAGCGUCAAGUGAAUGUAGUGUUAUUGAUUUGUUGACCUUCA